UUAAAUAUUAUUACAAUGUCUUCCAUUGCGGCAGCCGAGGAAAUUGAUGAAGCGAAAGAGCGCGCCCAUUUUCGAGCAGUUGUGAACGCUUUUAAAUAUUAUAAAUUAUGCAGUCUCGACAGGAUACACAAAUCGGAAAAGAUAAUCUCGAUGCUCCAACCUAAUCACCAACGUCGUCUUGAGAAGUACAAAAGCUACCUCACCAAAUUUAAAAAAUGUUUAGACGCUAACAAUAUUAUUGUUCAUCUGAUAAUAAAAGAUGUUGAUACCAUGUUCGAGAACGUAGAUCACAGUAUUGAUGCAAACACAAAUGGUACGGAAAAUUUUGGAUGUAAUUACAAUAACUGUGAAGUACCCUCGCAGAAGCAACAUAAAAUGCAGCAUGACGUUGAAAAGGUUCAAAGCGUUUUGAAGAAUAUAGUAAGGGACUGGAGCGACGCCGGCGCAGCGGAGCGGGAACAGUGCUACAAACCUAUAUUAGAAGAACUAGAAGCACGAUAUCCAACUAAGCUUAGUGAUAGGGCGUACAUCAAAGUACUAGUCCCCGGCGCGGGGCUAGGUAGGCUGGCGUGGGAGAUAGCGGCUAGGGGCUAUUCGUGUCAGGGAAAUGAAUUCUCUCUAUUCAUGUUAUUUGCGAGUAACUUCAUACUGAAUAAAUGUCAUGAGGUUAACAAACACACAGUAUACCCCUGGGUACAUCAGUAUGUGAAUCACAUGACAAGCGAGCAUCAAAUCCAAGCGGCAACCUUCCCCGAUGUACCGCCAGCGACUAAACAUUCAGAUUUUUCGAUAGCGGCUGGUGAUUUUCUUAAGGUAUAUACAGAGUUAGAUGAAUGGCACUGUGUGGCAACUUGCUUCUUCAUAGACUGCGCUCCGAAUGUGAUCGAGUUUAUAGAGAGGAUAUACGCUAUCCUGCGUCCCGGCGGUUAUUGGAUUAAUCUGGGACCUCUGCUUUAUCACUACAGUGAUAUGCAAACAGAAAUAAGUAUUGAGCCACCGUAUGACAUUUUGUUAGAUAUUAUUAAGGAUGUUGGGUUUGAGAUUUUGAAGGAAGAAACCGGUGUUAAAACGAAAUACGCACAGAAUCCAAACUCUAUGAUGCAACACGAGUACAAAUCUGUUUUCUUUGUGUGCAUGAAGCCAUUGUUGUAAAAGUAUUAUUCGUAUUUAAGUCGCUGUGAUUAUGAUAUUGAUGUAUCUGUCCAAGAGAUUAUGAAAACGUUUUGAAAUAUAGCCAUGUUUAUUUCUUU